AUGAAUUCAUCCAUAGCUUUUAUUGAAUUUAUUUUGUUGGUGUUCUUUUAUCCUUCAACGGAAUCUUGCAAACCAAAUGCUGAUGGACAGUUUACUAGUCUGGAGUUGGGCAGUGCUUCUAAUGUUACCGCUGUAGUUGGCAGUGAUAUUUACUUUAUUUGUUGUGGUGGUUUACGGUGGACAUAUGAAGUAGAAGAUGAUUACACAAGUCGAGAGAUUGGACCACAUCCAUAUGCUUCUAUUGGUUCAAGCAAAUCACCACCCGACUUGAAUUUUGAUGACAAUCUGUCUCCAAGUUCCAGCAGUAAUAUGAAAGAUUCUACAAACUUACAAAACACAGUGCCAACCACAGUAUACACGAUGCAUGAUGAUAAAGGUCGGUUAAUACUACGUAUAGAUAAUGUUGAUGUACAAGAUAUGGGACACUAUAAGUGUCAUGGUCACACCACAAGUUUAGAUGCAUAUCUAGUGGUGGUCGACAAGAACUAUCCCGAAGAACCGCACAAUAAAACAUUGCCAAAUGUCGGAAGUCAAACUAAUUUGUCCAUUGGUUGGAAAACAAAAGUUAAAUCCUGGCUAUGGCGUGAACCAGUACUACCAAGUUCAACAGAAUAUGCUCAAUUACCACAAGGUCGACCACCAAGUCGUACUGUUACAGCUAUAAAACCAGGUUUACAUGAAGGUAAACAUGUAGAAAUUGGUUCAGAUUUGUCAUGGGCACGUAUUGUUGAUCCUUUAUCACCGGAAGCCCCGAUUAAAUUAUGGUGUCAAUUUACAAUGCCCUUUCCAUGGGUUAAUAAAGAUCCAAUUAUUGCAUACUAUGAAAUUGAUUGGGAAUUAUAUGAACCAAUCUCACCGCAAAUUUAUAUUCUACCAGGUGAUAAAGAGUUUAACUUUGAAGAGAUAAACCAAAAUCUCUCAAAAUCUAUUCUAUCUAAUCAACAAUUAAUAAAUCAAGAUCAACAUGCAACCAUUGCUCACAGUAUUAAUGCACAAAUUGAUGAAUCUAUUAAAUUGGCUAAUUUGAAAAGCCCAAAUAAAUCAAUAUUAUUAGAGAAUAAACCAGCUCGUAUCGCGUGUCGAUUUCGUUCGAUUCCAUUAACUGGUAUACCAAAUCCACAAUCAAAUUCAUUGAGAAUACAAAAUGUUUAUUGGUAUCGUAAUGGCCAAUCAGUUCAUGUUCCACCAUUCUACGUUGAUAAUUCAUUAAUUACUCCAUAUGGUUUAUCAAUUUUAUCUGUUCGUGCCUAUCCAACUAUAUUUAAUUUUAGUCAAAUUGGUGAUGAGAAAUCAUCAACAGUAACGGUGGUUGGAAGUAGUGAUAAAUAUAAAUUACCUAUUGAACAUUUAACUUGUUCCGUAAUAAGUCGAGUGAAAGAAACACCAAUUUACAAGGUUACAACAAAUGCAAGUCUACAAACUGAAAUCAUUCUUGUUCCACGUAUAAUACAUACAGAGUUAUUAUCAGCUGAAAGAAGUUUAGAAGAUGCAAUUAAAUUGACCUGUACAGCUAUAGCGAAUGGACCACCAAAUAUGCGUAUUGAUUUUGCUUCAACAGAUCAACCAUCUACAAAUAAUGGUCCGACUCAAUGGGAAUCAUUAAAAUCACGAUAUGGAUUAAAUAUAAGACCACGACAAGUUGAUCCAACUAAUCCAUUAAUACAUCGUCUCGUAAUUGAUAUUUCUGUUUGGAAUCAAGCUGGUGAAGCACAAGCAAUCGGACAUGUUUUAGUACAUUCUGAACCACAAUUAGAAUUAAUGUCAUUUGGGUAUAAUUAUUUUCUAGGCCAUAAACCAUGGAAAGCAUCAUGUGUUGUAAAAGGUUAUCCAUUGGCAGGACAAUAUACAAAUAACAGUCAGAUUAACCAACAUAAGAAUCGUGAACAAUCCAUUGAAACAAAUGAUUCAAUCAUCACUGGAAAACAAACUGCUGAUAAAGAUAGUGGUAUUCGUGGAUUAGGACAUAGAGAUCAUAAUCAACAAUCAAAUUCUAACAGUGUAACAUCAUCAAUAAGAAUGAAAAUUUUCAAUAUAGAAGGAGAACCAUUAGAUCGUGUAGAAAUUAAUCAAAUUGAUUAUAAAUCAGGAAAAUUCACCGGAAUUAAUGCCACUUAUGAAAUUCAUAUGAAUCAACGUUAUGGACGUGAAGCUAUUGUACGCUGUGAAUAUACACAUAUAGAUAAUAGAACAAUUUAUCGUGAAACAUUUCUACGUGAAGCAACAAAACCAACUGCACCAAAUAUUACUGUUUUAUGUACUGGUCCACGUGCAAUUGUAUUCGGAAUAACAAAUCCCAAAUUAAAACCUGACAAUAUGCCUACAGAACGUAUUGUUACACAAAAGGUUAUAUUUGCACCUGCAAAAACAUUUCAUUUAUCAUCUACAUUGGCAAGUUUAUCAGUUUAUUUAGAUUCAGAAGGACAACCAACUAUAUUAAAUUCAAUUAGUGCACAACCACAAACUGCUGUUAUACCAGUGAAAAAUUUAAUACCAGAUACGGAAUAUGUAUUUGAAUGGUCAUCUGGUAAUGAAUUCGGUUUAAGUGUAAUGAUACAAUUUACUUUAUGGACUAAAAAACUUGAAACUGCACCAACAAUUAAAAAUAUUGUAUUCUUGAGUCCUACAUCUCAAUAUCUUCGAUUUUCUACAUUUCUGGGUGAUCCAUGCCCAUAUGAAGGUGGUGCAAGACCAGAACUAUCAGAUUUAUUAGUUAGAUAUCGUUUAGCUAAAUCUAAUUCUACUUAUGAUCCAACACAAUUAAUUGGUUAUGGAGAUUGGUCUGAUGUGGAAGUUUGUAAAAAUUUAGCUUCAGCAUCAACACUUGAUAUAAAUUAUUCAAAUAAUAAUCAAAAUGAUAAUAUUGAAAAUUUUAAUGUUGUUGGUACAGAAGAAGAUGAAUAUACUGGCAUUAAAUGGGCUGGUGAUAAUCCAAUACCAUGUGAAAUACCAGUACCAGAUACCCAAGUAAUUUAUGAAAUUGAAGUUGCGACAAGAAAUCGAUUUGAAAAAUCUGAUUGGUUCAAAACAUUCUAUCGUCCAAAUGCUGUUGUAUCAGCUGCAUUAUUCUGUUAUCCAAAAUGUUCAGCUAUUAUGUGUAAUCUUUCUGGAAUAUUCAUAAUUCUAAUAUUUCUAUGCUCAUUUAUUCAUUAUUUAUAA